UUUAUAUCCACCACCACCACCCCCCACCUCACCUCCCGCUCUCUCCCCCCUCCCUCACCUCCACCUCCAAGACCCCAAGCUGGCUAGCUACAGCAGCAGCCGAGGAGGUCAGGCAAGAAACUGAGGGAGCGACGAUGACGAUGGCGGCGGAGGACCAGGCGGCGGUGCCGCGGGUGGUGUCGAUCCUGUCGGCGCUGCUGGAGCGCGUGGCGGAGCGCAACGACGUCGUCGCCGCGGUGGAGCGGCGCAUACGGGACGUGGAGGAGGACGACGACCAAGGAGAAGACGGCCGCAGGGAGACGACGAGUAUGAAGAAGAAGGCGGUGUCGGCGUUCCAAGGUCUGACGAAGCCGGCCAUCUCCGUCGGCGGCUACCUGGAGCGCAUCUUCCGGUUCGCCGGCUGCAGCCCCUCCUGCUACGUCGUCGCCUACAUCUACCUCGACCGCUUCCUACGCCGCCGUCCCGCCCUCGCCGUCGACUCCUUCAACGUCCACCGCCUCCUCAUCACCUCCGUCCUCACCGCCGUCAAGUUCGUCGACGACAUAUGCUACAACAACGCCUACUUCGCGAGGGUGGGAGGGAUCAGCCUGAUGGAGAUGAACUACCUGGAGGUGGACUUCCUCUUCGGCAUCGCCUUCGACCUCAACGUCACGCCCGCCGUCUUCGCCUCCUACUGCGCCGUGCUGCAGACCGAGAUGGCCUACCUCGAGCACCCGCCGCCGUCCAUCGACGCCGUCUCGCCCACCAGCUUGCUGCAGCACUGCUUGCCCGACCAGGAGGUCGACGCAGCCGCCACCGCCGCCGCCGCCGCCACCAAGGCCGGCUGUCACCGACACCAGCAGCAGCUCACCGUUUGAUCCAUGGAGCUCUUCAUCUCCCUCUCUCUCUCUCUCUCCCUCUUUUUGUCCCUGCGGUGUCAACUAUCUUGGGCUCUCUUUUUUUUUCCUUUUCUUUUCUUUUUACCGUUCUUGGUACAUAGGUGUUGGUUAGUUAGGAUGGAUUUCGCCAUUGUUGGAAGGAUCGGUCAUGAAUGGAAGAACGGAUGGAUCGGAUUGAGAUUA